UCUUCUUUUUUUUUUUUUUUUGUUUCCUGCCGGAAGUUAUUGAAGAAUGCUCCCGGAAGGCGGAAGUAAAGCUAACGGAAGUUAGUAAGAGGCGAGGAGGAUGGCGGCUGGGGUUGCAGCCAAGCUCGGUACAGUUUGGGGCUGGCUCUGGGGAUGCUGUAGCUCGCGAAUGGGGGAAAGCCAGAGCUCCUUUCCUCCAGUUCUCCUGUUGCUGCUGCUUUUAUUGGUCGCACUCGCUCCCCAGCCCGCGGCUUCCGACAUCACCAACGGCAACAAUGAGCACCUAAAGCGCGAGCACUCGCUGAUUAAACCCUACCAGGGGGUUGGAUCGAGCUCCAUGCCCCUCUGGGAUUUCCAAGGCAGCACCAUGCUUACCAGCCAGUAUAUCCGCCUGACCCCCGAUGAGCCCAGCAAAGAAGGUUCUAUCUGGAACCACCAGCCCUGCUUCCUCAAGGAUUGGGAGAUGCACGUCCAUUUCAAAGUCCAUGGUCUUGGGAAGAAGAGCCUCCAUGGAGAUGGCUUUGCUCUGUGGUACACCAGGGACCGUCUUAUGCCAGGUCCCGUGUUUGGAAGCAAGGACAACUUCCAUGGAUUGGCCAUCUUCCUGGACACAUAUCCCAAUGAUGAAGCUACUGAGCGUGUAUUUCCUUAUAUAUCAGUGAUGGUGAACAAUGGCUCCCUAACAUACGAUCAUAGCAAGGAUGGCAGAUGGACAGAACUGGCAGGCUGCACAGCUGACUUCCGCAACCAAAAUCAUGAUACCUUCCUGGCUGUGCGCUACUCUCGAGGUCGCCUGACGGUGAUGACAGAUGUAGAAGAUAAGAAUGAGUGGAAGAACUGUAUCGACAUUUCUGGGGUGAAGUUACCCACUGGCUACUACUUUGGGGCCUCAGCUGGCACGGGUGACCUGUCUGACAAUCACGAUAUCAUCUCAAUGAAGUUAUUCCAAUUGAUGGUGGAGCACACUCCAGAAGAGGAUAACAUUGACUGGACCAAGAUUGAGCCCAGUGUCAGCUUUCUCAAGUCUCCCAAAGACAAUGUGGACGACCCCACAGGGAACUUCCGCAGUGGCCCUCUGACAGGUUGGAAGGUGUUUCUGCUGCUGCUCUGUGCCCUGUUGGGCAUCAUCGUAUGUGCUGUGGUGGGAGCUGUGGUGUUUCAGAAGCGACAGGAGAGGAACAAGCGUUUCUACUGAUUUGGUGUGGGGAAAGAGGAUUGGGUGAGGGAGAAGGGAAGCCUGCCCCAAGGGUUCAGGCAGUAAUGUGAACUUUUCUACUUGGGGAUUGUACCAAAAACCCCAACAACCUUAUUUCUUAACCUCUUUGAAAGAAAUAAUUUUAAAGUAUUUUCGUACAUUUCGUUUCUAGCCCAACUUGGGGCAAAUGACAAGAACUUGGGGACUAUGAUCUGGAAUCCAUUCAGCCUGGAGAAUGGAGUAGAAAGAGGGAAGGAGAAAAGCCUGGCUUAUCUGGUCUGUGACUGGGCCUUAGUUGCUGUCUCCUGCCCAUGGAUAAGGCCUCCCUGAACCAGCUCUGAGCACAGCAACAAUGAAAGGAAGCUGUUUUGAGUGCUCAUACCUGCUUUGUCCUCUGCUUGGGUUUGGUGUAUUAGGGGUUUUUUAGAGAAGAGACCCAAAUGUUGAUGAUUCAUCUCUGCUUGUAGAGCCUAGUAACAGAAUAGGGUUAUGAGCUAGCAGGGAUUCCUGGUUCUGAGAUGGCAUUUCCAAUUACCUCCUCACAUAGGCCUAGGGCCAAGAAAAAGUGGUCCGGGCUAUACCUUGGGAAAUGAAACAAUUCACUGAGUGAGGAUGUAGUUCUGGAAAGCAAAGGACUGUGAAGUUUUGCAUAAUAAAGUGUGAAUAACCAAACUCACAA